GUGAAACACAGAACCACAAAAUGAUAAGUCCGUUGAUAAAAAUGAUCCUUUUUAAAGUAAUAUUAAUGUUAUGUUUUCAAAUCAAAGAAAUUUUCAGUUGUCAAGCGAAAGUAUCUCACAGGCAAGAACUAUAUUGCAGUUCCAGUUAUGUUUUUCAGGUUCAAGCAGAAGGGAUUGACAAUCAGGGUGACGAUUUAUUUGAGCGGCAUUACAGAGUGUCGGUUAUAGAUUCUUACAAGGGUAGAAUAGGCACAGAUUAUGAAGGAACCAUAACUGGGAAUGGAUAUUUUAUGUCAUGUGGUCCACAAAUAUUGGAGAAAGGCUCUAAAUAUUUAAUAUAUGCUUACAAUUUUGAUGGAGGUAUACGAAUAAGAGAAUUUUACAAAAUGGCGGAUAUAAAAAAGACGGAUAUAGAUUUGUUCCGGAAAUAUGACUGCUUUUGUCAGAUCGUAACGAAAAAGAAUGGUGUGAUUAUGAGGCAUCUUCGCAAUGCUAACACAUGUUCUUCACCUAUACCGAGUGGCACGAAAUGCUCCUACAGAAAAAGUUACUGCAGUAGAAAUAAGCAAGGGACGUGCCAGUGGGCAUUGCUUAAUCCGUGUGGGCCGUGAAACAUGUACCACAUGAACUUGUAUCAAGUUAAAGAUCAUUGUUAUUGUUUUAUUUUAUUUUCUUUGAUAAAUAAAUUAUUUUUGCAACA